CAAGAUACAAAUCUUUGGAUCGAAAGGGGCAAUGUCGGGAUUGUUUAAGAGAAAAGAGGAAAGGUUUUUCCCGCCCCCGCCGACGCCUUUGCCGAGGAGGAAGUUAAUGGGGAGGGUGAUGGAUGAGCAAGAGGGUUGUGCGUUUUUAACGAGACUGCCACCAGAAGUUAGGAAUGAGAUUUAUGAGCUAGUGUUUGGGACGAAUAUGGGGAUUUAUGACUCACCGCUGAAAACCGUCGCUACGCCUGUAACGACGGGACAGGCCCGCGGGUUCAUAUUGGCUAAAACACCAAAGGAGGGGGGAAAGGAAGCAUCAAAAGAAGUAUCUGAGGCUCCGAAAAUCCAGACUCCAGGCCCUCCAGCACACCCUCUCUCCCUCCUUCUCACCUGCCAGAAAAUCAACCAAGAAGCCACGCUCCUUGCCUUCAAUAACUUCACCUUCACCACUAGAUCCUACACUUCGUUCUGGAUGCUCAAAGACCGUUCUCAGCACCUCUCCCCCGAGCAAUUCUCUGCUAUCAGCCACCUCGCCUAUGCCAUCGAAUCUGAUGGUGUAUACUACUCGUACAUGUCAUCUGACUUCCUCGCUAACAGCCUUGCGCUAUUCGCCGGGCUAAAGCGACUAGAGCUCAGGAUCAAAAAGCGCCAUCCAAGGGAGGGCCAGCACAAUAUAAACCUAGGGCACUUUCCAAUGUCAGGUGACACCGCCCGCAUGAGCAUAAUAAGACGAUGCGUCCCGGAUUGGUGGUUGAUGUCGCUUACCCAAGUUACAAAUGGCCGCAGCCUUGCGUGGCAGGCUGGGGAAACGUGGACGGUGGAGUGGCCGCAGUACGAUCUUCUUGAGAAAGAAAUGGAUGUGGAGCAUGAGUGGGGAGGAUGUGCGGUGAAUGUGGCUCUACCGAACAUCGCUAAAAAUUUACCUGGGGCGAGCUUAUGCAGCUGUGGCUGUGAUGAGGUGAGGUGGUGGCAGGCUAAUUUAGUGCAAAAGAGCGGGAGGAAGGUUGAGGUUGAUGUCGUGUAUUAUGGCGAUACUGAAGAGGUGGAGAGGGAGGAACGAGAGGGGACUUAUAUUCGAUUAAAAGAGGGGGCGGAGAGAUUAGAUGUUAAGGAAGUUGAUGGUGGUAAUGGGAUACUGUGGGAAGCGGACAAGAAAUAUUGGGAGGAUUUAAGGAGGAGGAAAGCUUGGAACCCUUUUCCAAACGGUAUUAAGAGCCUUUGGAGAUGUGGCAAAUCUGAGUGAGGGGAUGAGUAUUAUGAGUUGCUGGCUUAUCAUGAGGGAUGAACUAUGCAAGGAACAAUUAUGUGCUGUGAUAGGGGCAAUUUGUAGAAGUUGAG